AUGCCUACAAAGUGCGACGACGACGACGACGACGACGACAGGAAGUGCAAAGGACUGAAAUUGAAUUUCGGCAGACAAAUUAGUUUAAUGCUCUGCGUCUGCCAGUUCUGCCCAGCUGAAUGCGAUGCAUGCCACACAGACUUGCAGCCCAGAGUCGCCGCAGCCAAAGAAUUUCAAAAAAUUGGUCGCUACGAUUAUUUUAUUGAAAAAGAAAAACCUUUGAAUUGGUUUGCCGCCGCUCAAGUUUGUCAUGCAAUGCAGUCGAAUUUGUUGCACCUGAACAAUCGUCAGGAAUAUGAGUUAAUAGCACCGAAGUUGGCCAAAGCUAAAGCCUAUUGGCUGGACAUCAAUUGCCUGGUAUCGCCCAAGGAAUAUUAUGCGCUUAGCAACGGAAAGUUGAGCACGUAUUUGGAUUGGCUGACAGUGCCGGAUAAUGCGCGAGGCACUGAGAAUUGCAUUGUCCUGGGACAAAAAGGACUCAUGACCAAUGAGGAUUGCAGAAAGCCGCAGCUUUAUGUUUGCCAAAGGAAAUGAGAGUGUAAAGCUUAAAUUCAAAU